AUGAUCUAUGCCUGCGCGUACUGCCCGGUCGACAAACAGGAGGCCUACCGCAAGCGCGGGUAUCGGGACUCCAAGGAUGUCAAGCCCGCCGAACGUGAUCGACUCUUUGCGGCGCUGCUCGAAGAUCCCGAUGUCGGAUUCCGGUCGCGCAUCGUCAGCGCCGAAGAGAUCUCCAACGCCAACUACAGCCACACCGAGAACCGCAACCUCAACGAGGUGUCCUACGAUGCCGCCACGGGUCUCAAUCGGGACGUCCUGGCCACCGGCAUCAAUCUCGCCGAGCUCUACGUCGACGCUUUGGGCAACUGUGCGACCUACCGAGCGACCCUCCAGCGCCUCUUUCCCGGCAUCUGCACCAUCGUCGUGGAGAGCAAGGCCGACGUCAACUACCCGAUCGUGAGCGUGGCCAGCAUCGUGGCCAAGACGCUGCGCGAUGGCAUCACCAAGAAUCUGCCGUUCAAGGAGUGCUACAUUACCAUCAAUCGCAACUACGGCAACGGAUACCCGUCCACACCGGCCGUGAAAGACUGGUUGAUGCGCAAUCUGGAUCCCGUGUUCGGAUUGCUGUCGGCGGUGCAAUUCAACUGGGGCCCGGUCAAGAAGGCGCUCGCGGAUCCCAAGAACGGCGUGAAGCGGGUGACAUGGGAGCACACCAUGGGCACGCCAGAACACAAGAACAAGAUGCAGACCAAGACGAAAUCCAUAUUUGAGACACCCGUGGUCACUCGCUGA